AUGAAAAUUCAGUGUGAUGUGUGCGAGAAGGCUCCGGCGACAGUGAUUUGUUGCGCAGAUGAGGCGGCGCUGUGCGCCAAAUGCGACGUUGAAGUGCAUGCAGCAAACAAGCUUGCAAGCAAGCACCAGAGGCUUCUCCUUCAGUGUCUCUCCAAGUUGAACAAACUCCCUAGAUGUGACAUUUGCCAAGAUAAGGCAGCUUUUAUAUUCUGUGUUGAAGACAGAGCCCUCUUUUGCCAGGAUUGUGACGGAUCAGUUCAUUCGGCCAAUAGCCACUCUGCAAACCACCAGAGGUUCCUCGCCACCGGAAUCCGGGUGGCAUUGAGCUCCAGUUGUACUAAGGACACUGAGACAAGUAGCUUGGAGCCACCCAGUCAUGGCUCACAGCAGAUUUCAACAAAAUUGCCAACACCUCAGCCUUCUGGCUUCUCAUCCCCUUGGGGGGUUGAUGACUUGCUGCAAUUAUCAGAUUUUGAAUCUUCUGACAAGAAAGGGUCGCUUGAGUUUGGAGAGCUUGAAUGGAUAGCAGAUAUGGGUCUUUUCGGUGAGCAGUUUCCGGAGGAAGCCUUGGCAGCUGCUGAAGUUCCUCAGCUUCCGGUAUCACAGCAACCCAAUUUUACCACAUAUAGACCCCCCAAAUCGAACAAUCCAAACAAGAAGCCAAGAAUUCCAAUGGCAGAGGAUGAUGAUGAGCACUUUACUGUUCCUGAUCUUGGGAGAUUUUAG